AUGCAAUCACCGCAAGUGGGAUCGAUCUACGUUGUCGCGCAAGAUCUGCACAUCCUGGGUUUGGAUUUGGUGGAAGCAUUCCAACUCGACUCCGUUCCGAUGAACGUCUUCUGUCGACAGGUAAACAACUCCUCUUCCUCCAUCGUCGAGCGGCUCAAGGCCGCCUAUCCGCAAGUAUUCAGCACCAGUCUCGGACGGUGCACCAAAGCAACAGUGAAGCUUGACCUCAAGCCAGGACAAAGACCAGCGUUUUGUCCAAAACGUCCCGUGGCGUACGCCAUGCACCAGAUUGUCGAUGAUGAACUGGACCGUCUCGAGCGCUUGCAGAUCAUCACACCAAUCGACUACUCAGAAUGGGCUGCUCCGAUUGUAGUCGUUCGGAAGUCGAACGGCAGUAUCCGAAUUUGCGGUGAUUACUCGACGGGCUUGAACGACGCUCUCCAACCACACAAAUACCCGUUGCCAUUGCCGCAAGACAUCUUCGUCAAACUUGCCAACUGCAAGGUAUUCAGCAUCAUCGACAUGUCGGAAUCGUACCUGCAACUUGAAGUCGACGAACCAACGAGUAAGCUCCUCGCCAUCAACACCCACCGUGGCAUCUACAAAGUCAACCGACUGGCACCCGGAGUAAAAGCUGUGCCGGGAGCGUUCCAACAACUCGUUGACACCAUGUUGGCGGGUCUAAAGCACACUUGCGGUUACAUCGAUGACAUCGUAGUGGGCGGAGAAGAUGAGGAACAGCAUUGGCGGAACCUGAACGCACUUUUCCAGCGUCUGCAAGAGUUCGGGUUUACAGUCCGGUUCGAGAAGUGCUCCUUUGGACGUCAGCAGAUUAAAUAUCUUGGACACUUACUCGAACACCAUGGAGUUCGUCCCGAUCCAGCCAAGAUCGAAGCCAUAAAGCUCAUGCCAGCACCCACGGACGUGUCGGGAGUUCGGUCGUUUCUCGGAGCCGUAAACUUCUAG